AUGCCGUCAUCUUGUGGUGCGAACAUGACUUCAUUGGAAGCCCACGAUGCAGAUCAUGAAGAGGAUCCAAAUCAUGAAGAAUUCGCAGGCCAGGAAGACAACGAUCUUUCCCCUGCCCGUGUUCCCAUCAUCAUGGAUGACGAGAUCGGCCCCGUGACGAGUCAAGCAGCUGAGUCCGUUCAGAUGAACCCAGAUUUCAUCGAAUUUCUCGACAAGAACCUCAAUGUACAUAUGGACUGGCCACCUCGCCAUAUCAACAACGACCCGCCAAGUACUUGGAUCGCUCCUCAGCCUCAUAAUCAUGCCCAUACCGUCGUUCAAUCGCCUCAGCCCGUGCCGGAAGUACUCGCACACAACCACGGCCCUGCCUUCGACACGGCGGCCAUUGCAUCGUCCUCACAACGUCUCCUUGAUACGUCGAUAAUCCCGUACACCAAGCUUCGAAGUUCUCUUUCGAGAGACAUCAAGCAGGACAUGAUGGGACGACGAAACCAUCGACAGUCAUUCUCAGCACCUCAGCUCUCACCGUACGUACAUCUCACCCCAACACCCCUGAAUUCCCAACAAGCUCACAGCCAGAUCAGCUUCGUACCUUCUGAGGGCACCCAGCAAAACGCCUGUGCAAUGCCGGGUUUCUCGUCGCCGACACCGUCCUCUGAAGAAGAAGAAACGGUUCUUCGACGCUUCAUCGGGCUGAUGAUGGACCGUAAAUGUCCGGGCUGUGACAAGGAGAACAUCUUAUUCGAGAGCAGAGCCAUCUUCCACCACGCCUACGAUAUUCUUCGAAUUCAAAAGUCCAGUCAUUGGCUCGCACUGCACAGCCGCUAUGUGCGAUGUCUCCACGCAAAAUGUAGCAUCUUCUACUGCAUCGGCUGCUCCAGAAUCGUGGAUGAUCCAGCGAUGCCUCCUACGCCGUUCCGGUUCAACAAUCCCAACUCAUCCCCAUGGUGUUGCGCCCCAGGCCGACUCUUCCACAUCUUUGCCCUCCUCUGUGGCCCAAUCGCUCAUAACGCAAACCCCAAGGUCUCCGUCUAUCAAGACUCACAAGUGGAGGCCAAGCUCGAGAACAAGAAUCCCCCAAAAUCCAACUCGAAACUCAAGGCAUUCAUCAAAGAGGAGAUUGGGAUUGGUGUCCGACAUUCCGAUGAGGGCCCGUCCAACGGCACGGGCUACGCGACGGGCAGGAUACUUGUUCACCGCUGGUCAAAGAAACCCAAGCCCGAUAAAACCCCAUGUCCACGUCAGGAGCACCUCGAAAGCAGCAUGAAGCUCUUUCCCUCGCUCCUCGCAGCCCUCUCGGCAGCAUGGCCCUCAACUUCAAACUCCAGCGACUUUGAUCGAAACCCCUCAUCGUUGCUCCUCGUCAUGGCUCGUCGAAGCCCGCUGAUGAUAAGGAUAGCUCAGCUUCUCAGAGACGAUAGCUUCGAACACAUCAUGCGACAAGGGCGUUCAUACCACGCGCUUUUCGACUUUCUCCACGUCGUUGCCGCGCAUCCCGCCACGGCUUCUUUGGUCCGCGGUCUUCGUAUCGAUUAUACCCUUGCCCGCACUCUACUACCAGUCUGCUUCGACAUCGGCCCUCUUCCGGCUUUAGAUACGCCGUCAAACUCUGAGGAUAAGGGCAAAGACAAGGGCAAAGGGAAAGCGCGGGAGCUGUAUAGGGAACAGGGCCAACCCAAAGAAACGCUCAAAUCAUUGGCAAGCCUGCUCUCAGCCUUGAAGGUUCAGGCUGAAUCGGUGAGGCGGCUCUACAGACCGAGACCCGGUGCUGUGUCGGAGACGCUGGCCAUGUGCCAGCAUAUCUGCGACCUCGCCAAGCAACUCGAAGGAGAAGACCCCGACACCGUUAUGGUCGACGCAACCAGGGACACAGAAGACGACCGCCCCUCCCCAUCCCAGUCGCAAUCCUCCUCUUCAACGACCGCAGGUCCACCCAAUUACAAAGAGAAGAGACUCGCAGACGCCCUGGAAUGGCUAAGCGAGAAUAAAGUGCAAGAAAUGGAGUCGGACGACUGGCUAGAAGACUAUAGCUACCUGGACCAGCUCUCGAGUUCGAGCAGCGGGACUCCUGAACCUGGCCGGAUGAAGAAGCUUGUCAUGGAGCUCUCCAUGCUCCGUACCACGCUCCCUGAGGGCAUCUUUGUCCGGCACGACAGCACGCGCCUAGACGCCAUGAAGGUCCUCAUCGUCGGACCCGAAGGCACGCCGUACGAGAACGGGUUAUUCGAGUUUGACCUGUUCUGCCCGCUCGAGUAUCCCAACAAGCCGCCCCUAAUGACCUUCAAGACGACGGGAAGCAAUCGAAAAUUCAACCCGAACCUCUACGCUCAUGGCAAGGUCUGCUUCUCCCUCCUCAAUACCUGGGAAGGCACCACCACCGAAAGCUGGGACCCCAAAAAGUCCACCCUCCUCCAGCUCCUCGUCUCCAUCCAGGCCAAGAUCUUCAGCCCGGACCCGGCAUGGAACGAACCCGGCCAGACCUUCUCUCCGGCAGCCUCCUUGAUCUACAAGUCUGAGAUGCGUGCCGACACCCUCGUCUUCGCCAUGAGUCAGUGGCUCCACCAGCGCAAAGCCCCCGGCGCCGCCGCCGACUUGAACCCAUGGUCUGGGGUCGUGACCCGCCACUUUGCGCUCAGGUGGCGGCGGAUCCUCAAGACUGCUGCCCUUUGGGUCGCGGAGGAUCCCGCGUUCUCAUGGGUCGCCCAGGCUGAGCUAAGGAUGUUCUUGAGUGGAAGAAAAUCGGAGGAGAGGUUCGUCUGCGCUAUCCGGAGGCUCAAGGGGCAUUUUGCCGAGUGGGCGACGUCCGCGGAGGAGUUGGCUCUCUUGAAGCUUGAUACUGAUGAGGAGGACAUGGAGUUGCCGCUUGAUGAGCCCGAGGCAUCGCCCAGCCCAGAUCUGAUGUAUGACAUGGACGAAGGUGUGGAUUUGCCAACGUAUAUUGACGUCUAG